UUUGCCUCCCCACGGUUCAACAAAUCUUUAUAAUAUAGCGAGGCUUUAUUAAAUGCUUACAAAUAUUAAAUAGACUUGGUCUUUUGUUUUUGUUUUUAUUUUUGUGGAUGGAUGUAGAGAGUUGAUCUUGACGAAGAAAAGAAAAGCAAAAUCAUGAGGAGAAGUUCCAACAUCAACUGUCUGAGUCUGCAGAAAGUCUCACGCUGGUUUCUAUUUCUGCUGCUUUCCCACACAGCUUCUUCCCAAUCAAUCAUAAAGAAGCUACCGGGCUUUUCUGGUGACCUUCCUUUCAAUCUUGAAACUGGGUACGUUGGGGUGGGCGAUUUGGAUGAUUUCCAGCUCUAUUAUUACUUCAUAGAGUCCGAAAGGAGUCCAGAAAAUGAUCCUCUCUUGCUUUGGCUCACUGGUGGCCCAUGUUGUUCUUCGUUUUCGGGACUCGUUUAUGAAAUUGGCCCACUAUUUUUCAAUUAUGCGAAUUCAACAGAGAAUUCAAUAACGCUGGAACUGAAUCCUUAUUCGUGGACAAAGGUAGCAAACAUAAUAUUCAUAGAUGCACCAGUUGGCACAGGAUUCUCUUACUCUAAAAGUUCCCAAGGCUAUCAGAGCAAUGAUAUCUUAUAUGCAUCACAAGCCUACGAGUUUCUCCAAAAGUGGCUUAUGGCUCAUCCCAAGUUUAUGAAAAAUUCACUCUAUAUUGGUGGAGAUUCGUAUUCUGGCAAGAUUGUUCCCCUUAUAGUUCAAAAAGUAUCUCAUGGAAGUGAAGCCGGAAGUCAGCCAGUACUGAACCUCAAAGGAUACGUUCUUGGUAAUCCCUUGACAUACUUAAAACAAGACUUUAACUAUAGAGUUGAAUACGCUAAUCGAAUGGCACUUUUAUCGGAUACAAUUUACAAGUCAGCAAAAAGGAAUUGCAAGGGUAAUUACGUUGACGUAGAUCCAAACAAUCAAUUAUGCCUCAACGCUCUCAAAAUUGUGGACAAGUGCGUUGGGAAGGUAAGCUUAGAGCAUAUACUUCUACCUAACUGCCAUGGAACGGAUUUAAAUUCUUUUGUUGAAGACAGUGUCACAGAUUUUGCCGCUCCUUAUGAGCAACAGAAGUGCAAGAAUGAUAGGCGCAAGUUCUCAAAUAUUUGGAUGAAUUAUAUAGAUGUUCAGAAAGCUCUGAAAAUUCGAGAGGGAACAAAAACUGCAUGGGCAAGAUGCAAUCGUACCUUACCUUACAUUUACGGUUAUGAAAGCAGUAUUGGUCUUCACCGAAAUUUCACCCACAAAUUCCUUCGUGCUCUGAUUUACAGUGGAGAUCAUGACAUGACUAUUCCUUAUUUGAGCACUCACGCAUGGAUAAAAUCCCUGCAUUUGGGAAUUGAAGAUGACUGGAGACCAUGGUUUUCUGAUGAUGAUCAAGUUGCAGGGUACACAAUCAGAUAUGCAAAUGAAAAGUACCAUUUGACAUUUGCAACUAUAAAGGGAGGUGCGCACACCGCUCCGGAGUUCAAUCCUCAAGAGUGUUUUGCAAUGAUCAGUAGGUGGUUUGCCUCUUUUAUUCUUUAGGCUUUACUACUACGAGUGUUGGUUGUUUUUCAUUUAUAUAUAUAUAUAUAUAUAUAUUUUAAUUUGGUGAAAACUGAAA